AUGUCAAGGGCAGUCACGGCCGGUGCUGCGAGGACGCGGGUGUUCCCAACCCGGAAGGCGGCGUGGUUGGAAAAGUAUCGCCCAGUCGGAGGUGGAGACGCGAGAGCGAUUCAAGCACCGCGAGGCCCGCACGUGGAGGCACAACGGGCGCUUAGUGGCUCGAUGGGUCGGGGCGAGUGGGGUGAUCCCCCGGCGCUUGGGCUCCACUCGCCCCGAACAAUCGAGGCCUCCAGACCUUCCCCCGAAAGCCCGCCAAGCGACCGUCCGUUUACCCUGGACCACCCCUCUCUCUCUCUCUCUCUCUCUAUGCUCGAUAAUACGCGUUCCAACGAGCCACAAACUUUGUCGGCCCGCACUAAUCCCGGACUGACGCUACUGCGGGCAGGGUUCUUGGGCAGGUCAAUGGCGAGGCUCAACGUGCCGGGCUCAUUGGCCCCACGCGGUGCUGCCGCUCGUGGCCGGCUCGUGGUGGGCGUGGAGUGA